AUGUCUCCUAAAACUGGUGAAGAGAGUCAUUACGUGGCUCAAAUUCCAUAUGCAAGUGCUAUUGGUAGUUUGAUGUAUGUUAUGGUGUGUACAAGGCCUGAUAUUUCACAAGCUGUUAGUAUUGUCAGUAGAUAUAUGCAUAAUCCAGGAAAAGGACAUUGGCAAGCUGUGAGAUGGAUUCUACUGUAUAUUAUAGGUACUGUGGAUGUUGGUUUAUUGUUUCAGCAGGAUAAAGUUACUGGUCAAUGUGUUGUUGGAUAUGUGGAUUAUGAUUACGCAGGUGAUUUGGACAAGCGAAGGUCCACUACAGGUUUUGUAUUCACUCUUGCUGAAGGUCUAGUGAGUUGGAGGUCGACUUUGCAAUCUAUAGUUGCUUUGUCGACUACUGAGGCAGAAUACAUGGCGGUAACAGAAGCUAUAAAGGAAGCCAUCUGGCUUCAAGAGUUGCUUGAUGACUUAGGGGUUCAACAGGACCAUGUGGAUGUUCAUUGCGAUAGUCAGAGUGCUAUUUAUUUAGCAAAGCAUCAAGUUCAUCAUGCACGUACGAAACACAUUGACAUGAGGUUCCAUUUUGUUCAUGAGAUUAUUGACGAGGGAGACAUUCUUCUUUAA